GACGACUUUUACACAUCUAACAUUUCUCAUUCUAUUCACGUUAUUAUUUCCUUGCUUCUUCUGUCUAUUUUAACGCCAGGAGAUAUCUUACUAGAUCAAUUACUUACUGAAUAGAAAGUUGCUUUAAACAUGGCGAGAAGAUACGACUCACGAACAACGAUUUUCUCUCCCGAAGGGCGCCUUUACCAGGUUGAAUAUGCUUUGGAAGCCAUUUCCCAUGCGGGCACUGCCCUCGGAAUUCUAGCGAAAGACGGGAUUGUCCUCGCCGCGGAGCGCAAGGUAACCAGCAAGCUUUUGGAACAGGACACAUCAGCGGAGAAGCUUUAUAUAUUGAACGACAACAUGAUAUGUGCCGUUGCCGGAAUGACUGCCGACGCGAACAUUCUGAUCAAUUACGCCCGCCAGGCUGCCCAGAGAUACCUUUUGACAUACAACGAAGAAAUCCCCUGCGAACAAUUGGUCCGGAGAUUAUGUGAUCUCAAACAGGGUUAUACACAACACGGUGGACUCCGUCCAUUUGGUGUUUCGUUCAUUUACGCUGGAUAUGAUUCCCUCGGCCAAUUCCAGCUCUUCCAGAGCAACCCCAGCGGAAACUAUGGUGGAUGGAAGGCGACGAGUGUUGGUGCGAAUAAUGCUAGCGCCCAAAGCUUACUAAAACAAGAUUACAAGGACGACUGUGAUUUGAAGGAGGCAUGUGGGAUGGCCGUUAAGGUGCUGAGUAAGACCAUGGAUUCAACAAAGCUCAGCAGCGAGAAGAUCGAAGUGGCGACUGUUGGUCGGACGAAAGAUGGCACGAUCUACCAUCACCUCUGGGGGGGCGAUGAGAUCGACGCUUUGUUGAAGGAACACGGCCUGGCCAAAAACGAAGAGCAGCAAAGUGGGUAGUUGCUGGAACGAAAUAGCCACCUUUAUGCUCUAGGGCGCUAUAGUAACAUGGAUUCUGCUACGAAGUUGUCCUCCGGACGGGUUAAUUCUCCUUGCCUCUCUCCAGUCAGCGCAUCCUGCCAGUUUUGCUCUUCCAUGUCUUGAUUGGUUAUCCGCACCUGGAAUGUAGAGUCCGUUUAUAUCACUGUUUUG